AUGCUGCCGCUGCCGCUGCUGAGCUGGUUAUGCUCCUCUCUGGUGGCCGCCGUCUGCGGCGGAGCUCUGCCCGAGGCGGAGGUCAAGAUAGAAGUCCUGCACAAACCUUUCCUCUGUCAUCGUAAAUCCAAGUAUGGAGACAUGAUGCUGGUGCACCAUCAAGGCUACUUCGAGAACGGUACCAUGUUUCAUGACAGUCGUGGUGAUCCUACUGAGGGCGACAAACAUGCAAUGUGGUUCAUAUUGGGCAUCAGGGAGGUGAUCAAAGGCUGGGACCAAGGUCUCCAGAAAAUGUGUACAGGAGAGAAAAGAAAGUUGAUUAUACCUCCAGCUUUGGCCUACGGCAAAGAAGGCAAAGGUAAAAUCCCCCCUGAAAGCACCUUGACCUUCAUCGUUGAGUUGCUCGAGAUCAGAAACGGCCCGAGGUCGCACGAGUCGUUCCAGGAGAUGGACCUCAAUGACGACUGGAAGCUUUCCAAGUCUGAGGUAAAACAAUACUUCAAGAAAGAGUUUGAGCGUAACGGCUACCCUCCCAAUGACACCCUGCAUGAGAAUAUGGUCGAAGACAUUUUUGCCAAGGAGGAUGAAAACAAAGAUGGCGUUAUAUCUUCCAAGGAGUUUACUUACAAGUACAAACACGAUGAACUUUAAAGACUCAUCUAUGUUCUUGUCAUUCAUUUGUGGUGCCAGGAACAUUCUCGGGUGCGUUUGUUGGAUGCCUUGACACUGAACACAUUUGUGAACCUGAACGAAGCUCCGAUUUUAGUGUGCCGAUCGUUCACAGAUGUGUAACUUUGCUCUGAUUGGCCCAGGUCAGCUACCACAUGUGACUUUGCUGUAGGGAUCUUGUAUUUGUGUCAAACUUUGUCAUAAAUAUGAAUGAUUAAAAAAUAUUUUUCAAUACAGUUGGUUGCGACUGGAAUGAGGAUAAGUGUUUGAAAAAAAAAUGUAAUGAUUGGAUAGAUUUAUGCAACUGUUCUCAUUUUGUCGCUUUGUCACAGAAUGAAAGCCGAUUUGAAAAAAAUAAAACAAAAAACUAAGACUGUUGUUUGCAUUUUUAUUUUCUCUCAAGCAAAUCACGUUGUUGCACUUGCCCCUUUUCGCCAAGGUGAUCAAUAAAGUGACUUGGAAAAGUG